AUGUUCGAAUUCCUUUCUCAUUUGCAAACUCAUGGCAAUAUUCACGUCAUCAACUACUACAGCUUACUACAAAGCGUCGUCGUUGCUGUUCUUUCGGCAAGCCUUUGGAGACUGCUUUUCCACCGCCGUAAACUACAAGGCGUUACGCACUUAGGCCAACUCCGAGGUCCACGAUCGCAAUCGUGGUUGAAAGGCAACUACUCGCAACUCUUCAACUUGAAGCGCGGCUGGGAGUUCCAUAGAUAUUUAGCAGACGAGUACGGACCUACUGUACAAGUCAAGGGAUUCUUAGGGAGAAAACAGCUUUAUACGUUCGACCCCAAAGCUAUGCAUCAUAUUCUCGUCAAGAAUCUUAGAUCGGGCGCCCUCCUCCUUGGUAAGGGUCUGUUGAACACAACCGGAGAACAUCACCGCAAGCAACGAAAGAUGCUCAACCCAGUUUUCUCGAUCGCUCAUAUGCGUUCCAUGAGUGAGUGUCUGAACUUCUUGCGAGAUGCCUUAUUACACCGGGUUCAGAAUGGGCCUCAAGAGAUUGAUCUCCUUGAGUGGAUGGCCCGCACCGCACUAGAACUCAUUGGUCAAUCUGGUUUCGGGUAUUCUUUUGACGACAUGAUGGAUGAUGUACCCAAACACAAAUACAGCACCGUUAUAAAGGAUCUUGUACCCGCAUUAUCUCAAUUAGGUUUUGCGAGGACCUACUUACUUCCUCUAUCUGUGAAGGUCUUGCCUACAAAUGUUCGCACUUUCAUCAUGAAUAUUACGCCUUGGAGAACCCUACAUGAUGUUCGCGACAUGGUCAACUACAUGCAUGAAUUGUCUGUGGAGAUUUACGAAGAGAAAAAACGUGCGUUUGAAGAAGGUGACGAGGCUGUGGUUAGGCAAAUCGGAAAAGGAAAAGAUCUCCUUAGUAUCAUGAUGAAAGAAAAUAUGAAAGCUCAUCAUGAAGACAAGUUGGAAGAAGCUGAAAUCAUCGCUCAAAGUGCCAUGUCUCGCAUCCUUCAUCUUUUGGCUCUUCACCCCGAAGUACAGGACAAACUGAGACAAGAGAUUAUCGCAGCUCAAAAAGAACGUCAGGGCGGUCAAUUAAGCUACGAUGAAUUAGUUGGGCUUCCAUAUCUUGAUGCUGUGUGCAGAGAGACUUUACGACUAUCUACAGAAGAUGCGCUAAUUCCCCUCUCACGACCUAUGCGCGGCGCAGAUGGCACUGAGGUUACGGAACUAUUUCUUCCAAAGGCUACAACUGUAGUGAUAUCUAUAUUGAAUGCAAAUAGGAAUCCUGAACUGUGGGGACCAGAUGCGUUAGAGUGGAAGCCUGAACGUUGGCUCUCGCCACUUCCCGAGUCGGUCGUGAAUUCCAAGAUGCCUGGAGUCUAUUCCCAUUUAAUGACUUUCAGUGGUGGCAAGUCGCUGGCUAACAUGGUAUUAGAGGUCGUGAUAGCAAUGCUUGUGGAAAAUUUCAAGUUUUCGUCGUCACCGAACAAGGAAAUUUUCUGGCAAAUGACAGGAAUUACAAGUCCUGUUGUAUGCGGCAAUUCCCGACACCCGUGUUUGCCGUUGAUGGUCGAGUUGACAAAUGGAACAUAG